GUGUGAAGGAGAGUCCGCCAGUCAGUUCAGAGGGGUUAAUCUCUCUCUCUCUCCCGCUCUCUCUCUCUCUCCCUCGAUCUCUCCCUCCCUCUGUUGCCUUUUGUUGCGGCCCCUCACUUUCUCAACACUUGGACAGAGGGAACUGAUACUGUGCCUGUGUGUGUAUGUGUGUGUGUGUGUGUGUGUUUGUGUGUAGUUUAGGUGUCCUCACCAUUCUCAAUCUCUUUGGACUGAACUGUACGUGAACAUGACUGACGGGACUUUCUAACACACUCCUCGUGCUGAAUGUUCACACUACAGAAUGAUGGAAUCAGCACCUCUGGCAACACCAUAAAGACAGAAAGACAGGACAACAUAUUUUGUACAGUGGCAGAGUGUGUUUUUGUGUGUGUAUGGAUGGAUUUUUCAGAGACGCCCUUCUGAGAUGCACACACAGACGGUGCAGAAAACAGGCAACAAUACUGCAGAGAGCAAAGAUUUCUCGGUGGCGUUGCCGGUGUCGUGCACGGCCUUGUUUCCCAUGGACCUCAGGGUAGGGGAGCGGGGGAUGCGCCCUGGUUCGGACACGGCGCUCCUUACCCCACUGCACCCGCCUUUACUCCUCACCCCGUUCUCUCCUCAGCCCCGCACCUCUUUCUCCCAGCAGCAACUGCACCAGCACAUCCGGUUUAAUAUGGAGCAGAGGAGGCGGGAACAGGAGCACCACGAGAAGCAACAGGAGUUGCAGCAGCUAAAGCACAAGGACAAGAGUCAGCAGAGUGCAGUGGCCAGUUCCCUGGUGAAACAGAAACUGCAGGAGGUGAUUCUUAAGAAGCAGAAACAGGCGGCCCUGGAAAGAACAAACUCCAACACUGCAGCUCCUGUACCAUACAGAAAGCUGGGCCCAGACCCCAGUGUAUCCUCCCAGCCUAUGGCCUCGUCUCCAGCGCAGCCGUCUUCUGAUGGUUCCCAAGGAACGCCUCUACGCAGAGCAGCGUCUGAGCCCAAUCUGAAGGUGAAACACAAGCUGAAAAAACACCUAAACACCCGCAAGAGCCCGCUCACCCGCAAAGAGAGUGCCCCGGCCACAGUCAGGCAUAGAGUACCUGACACACUGGACUCAUCCCCCAGCAGCAGUAGCACUCCGGUUUCGGGCUGCAGUUCUCCUAAUGACAGUCUGCCCAAUGAGAACGGUCUACUGCCAUCUGGCGGCCUCUCGCAUGAGGCCCAGAGGCUGCUGCUCAGAGAUGGCACUCUAGCUAACUUCACCAUCCAGAGUCCCUCCACUCUGCCCACCAUCACGCUGGGACUACCAGCCAACGCAAGGGCUGAAGGAGAGCUGUCCUCCCUGAGAAUCGGCCGGGUGCCCGUGGUCACAGCCGGGGGCUCGCAAGUCUUCCUCCCCCUGAGCAGAGAGGAUCAGGCUGGGCAGCUGAACCCUCAUCUGCCUGUCAUCAUCCUGGAGUCCUCUGGACUGGUACACACUCCGCUACUCACUGUUCCAGGCCUUGAUUCCGUCCCAUUACAGUUUGCUCCCCAGUUAGACCACCUGGCUCCGGGAGGUGCUCAUCCUCACAAGCCUCUGAGCAGAACCCGCUCGGAGCCCCUCCCCCAGAAUGCACGGACCCUUCACACACAUCUCCUCCAACAACAACACAGCACACAACUACUGGAGAGGCUCAAACAGCAAACUCACCUGGGCAAGCUGAUGUCUAAGUCCAGCGAGAAGCCCAGACUGCAUCAGAUCCCCUCUGAGGAUAUGGACUCAGAGGACGGGGACGGUACGUCGCCCACAGAGCUAACCUAUCAAAGCAGAGUGAGGGCGGAGUCACUGAGGGAGGCAGAGCCAACAGCAUCCAAGAGCCAGGAAGAGCAACUGAACCUGCAACAUGCGCUCAUACUCAACCAGUCGUUGCUAUGGGAACAGCAGAAGCAGCUGCAACAGCUGCAUCGACAGAUGGAGACCCUGGCAGUGCCCAUGAUACGUGGCAGUAGCAGUGGUGGGGUCGGUAGUGGGGUGGGUGUCCAUCGCCCCCUGUCACGUACACAGUCAUCCCCAGCCUCCACCUCUCUCACUCUGCCCGAGAAACCCCUGAGCCUGGCCGCACAGGACCCCAGCAGCAAACCACGCUUCACCACUGGCCUGGUGUAUGAUUCUCAGAUGCUGAAGCACCAGUGUACAUGUGGAGACAACAGCAGUCACCCAGAGCAUGCUGGGAGGAUACAGAGCAUCUGGUCCAGACUACAGGAGAGAGGCCUGAGGGGACAGUGUGAGACUAUUCGUGGUCGUAAAGCCACUCUGGAGGAGCUGCAGUCGGUCCACACCGAGCGCCAUGUGCUGCUCUACGGCACCAACCCGCUCAACAGACUCAAACUGGAUAACCGCAAACUUGCCGGAAUCCUUUCUCAAAGGAUGUUUGUGAUGUUACCGUGUGGUGGUGUAGGGGUUGAUAAUGACACCAUUUGGAAUGAGUCACACACUUCAACUGCAUCACGCAUGGCAGCGGGCAGCGUUGUUGAGCUGGCCUUCAGAGUGGCCAAAGGAGAGCUAAAGAACGGCUUUGCUGUGGUCAGACCGCCAGGGCAUCACGCAGACCCCUCCAAUCCAAUGGGUUUCUGUUACUUCAACUCUGUGGCCAUAGCCGCCAAGCAGCUCCAACACAAGCUCAGCGUCAGCAAGAUCCUCAUCGUUGACUGGGAUGUUCACCAUGGUAACGGCACCCAGGAAGUGUUCUACAGCGACCCCAGCGUUCUCUACAUCUCACUGCAUCGCUAUGACGAUGGAAACUUCUUCCCGGGCAGUGGGUCGCCAGCUGAGGUUGGUUCAGGAGCAGGCAAGGGCUUCAAUGUGAAUGUUGCAUGGACAGGAGGACUGGACCCACCCAUGGGAGAUGCUGAGUACAUCGCUGCAUUCAGGUCUGUGGUGAUGCCCAUCGCCCAGGAGUUCUCUCCGGACGUCGUUCUGGUGUCGGCUGGGUUUGACGCUGCAGAGGGCAACCCCGCUCCUCUGGGAGGUUACAAAGUCUCCGCCAGAUGUUUUAGCUUCCUGACCUCCCAGCUGAUGUCUCUGGCAGGGGGGCGUCUGGUUUUGUCUCUUGAGGGAGGUCAUGACCUCACAGCUAUCUGUGACGCAUCUGAAGCCUGUGUCAGUGCACUCCUGGACAUACAGGACCCACUGCCAGAAGAAGUCCUGCUCCAGAAGCCCAACGCUAACGCAGUUCGCUCCCUGCAGACCGUCAUACAGAUACAAAGUCAGUACUGGCAGAGUGUGAAGGCUUACAGCGGAUCAGUGGGUCUGUCCUACCUGGCAGCUCAGAGAAGAGACUGUGAGGAAACAGAUGCUGUCAAUGCUUUGGCUUCGCUCUCUGUGGGAGUCCUUUCCAACAAGAGCCUUUCUGACGAGCCAAUGGAGCAUGACAGUGAGUCCAUGUAGAACGAUCCGACCAAUCACCUCUCAGAACUUACUGUCAGGAUUCGGGCCCGCACCUGUAGCCUCGGAUCCCUUGCGCUGUCACACGACCAUAACGGGGGUUUGUAAUGCCACUGAGCACCACCCUGCCUUAUCCACACACAUGCACGUCCACCAACACACAAUGCUGGACCACCUGCAGUAUGAGCACCUCAACACUGGUAACCACCUCAACUGAAGCCAGCAGCACUACCUGCAGCUGCGAAACCUUCUGAAACCUCACCAAAGACCAAUACAACAUGAUUUAAAAAAUAUAUAGACUUUUAAUGUAUCCACUGACAUUGGAUUUUGUGUGUGUUCAGAGGUCCAAUGCUACAGCUCUGUGACCAAAACCCUUAUAGGAACUGACAGAAUUCAGAUGCCAGCUCUGAAUCCUCUUGAAGCACUAUGUACCAGCAGCCUUAACUUUGCCUUAACGUAAGGACCAAUAGGAUUUAGAAGGAGGAGACUUUGGAUCAUAAGUUCUUUUCUCGUCUGCCACUUUGCAAAAUGACCAUAUGACAUCAGGUGAAAGUAUAUUUACAUACACCUGAUGGCUACAAACAAAUAUCCAGAAGAAGAAGAAGAAGUGGCCACAUCAUAAAGAAAGAAUAUGGAGAAUAGGACAUGGAGAUUGUCUGUUUUAAUGAUGUCAUUAAGUGCAGUUCAACCACUAACCGAAGACCACAAAGUACUUGAGGGAAAGAGAGAAAAUGACGAUACAAAAUGGACAACUGUGGGGUUUUUUAUAACAAAGAAAAGCCAAAUGCCCUUGUUGUUUUAUUGCACUGUUCAUUCCAUAAUGUGAACCAUAAGAAAUUCCGAAGCUCUGGGAUAAAAAAACAACAACAACAACAACUCCUCUCUGUAGGUUAUUUAAUAGUUUUGGAUAGAAUUGUGUUUGCUCUAUUUUCCCCACUCUUCAUCUGAGAUGUCUUAUGAAGUCUCUGACUCACUAUAAGGACACGUGUUGGCCGAAAUACUGUAGACUUUUUUUCUUAUGAAGGUAACCUGAAAAGUAGGAAAGAUUUUAUGAACAGGAUUUUUUUCCCCACUGCUGUUCAGUGUCUUAGAUGCACACACAUACACAUAAACAUACCUUCACACACACACACACACACACGCGCACACACACACACGUACAAAGCAAUGAUGAACUGUCGAUGUACCACUAGUAUUGAAAACUGUAUAUUGUUGUUUAUGUUUGAGACUAACGGAGCGUUCAUUCCACCGUGGCACCACUGAGGACCAUUGUAUUGUGUUAUGGUAGCAAUAAUGUUAAUGCACUUAAUGGACAUCACACAAAGAAAACAGCUUUUAAACAGCCUGCACUUGGCAACGGGACUGUAUGGAAGCAGCACAUGGGACCCAGUGACUCGACUUUUAAAAGACAACGUUUGAACCUGUGGAUUUAGGUGAACAUCAUAUAUGCAGACUUCCGUAUACUGUUUUAUUUUGAUGGUGAGCCUUGGUUUUAAUGUUUUCUUCAUUAUCUUAAAAAAUGUUUUGGAGUUCCAGGUGGUUUCUUAUUAAGGAAACUAACACUUUUUUGUUUGUUUGUAAUUGAACUUUUUCUAUAUGAGACUCUUCUCUGUAACUGUGCUUAGUAGCAGCUCUUUUUGUUGUGUUACAAUCAACCUUAGACAAUGCCAUGCCAAACAUGUCGGUCCUCCAUCUACGCUGGUGUUUUAAGUGAAGUGAAGUGAAGUGAAGUGAAGAGGUUCAUUUGAAGAAGUUUCUGACUGCCCUGCCAUUUGGGGCAUAUAAGGGCUCUGCAUUCCAAAAGUAAAAAUAACAAGAUCAUGUUUCCUAGUUUGGAGGUUUUUUGUUGAAAUCCAUUUUUUCAUGCACACUAGGUAUGAGCAGUUUAGGCUUUUGAUGAGCAAUACUAAUGAUUUUUUAAAUUAGAGCUGAAGAUAGCCGAGACAAAAAAAUUGUUGACAGAAUUAAAGAGCACAGUUUUCUGUUAUUUCCAUCAUCUAAAACUGCAUCUAGACACCAAUGAAACCGAGACUAAUGGAAUUCAUGUUUGACUACUUACAUGUCUUUGUCUAUUGUUACAUCCAUGAUUGAAUUUAAAGCAAUGCAAACAGGUUUUCAAUUCAAAUAUUAGAUAAAAAAGAGCCUUGAUGUGGUCUUUGUGUGUAAAUGUAGCUUUUG